UCCCACUUACACGAGCGUCUAUCAUGAAGGGUGUGAGCGUCGUUAUCCUGUGUUGCGUCCUGGCGGCGGCCUCGGCGAACAACGGGCGAGGAUCCAACAGGUUCUUCACCGGAGGCUUCGGCGGUGGCCUCAACAGCGGUUUCGGUGGUGGCUUCGGCGGUGGCUUCCCCGGUGCCGGAGGAUUCCAAGGAGGCGGCUUCCCUGGAGGUUUCGGUGGUAUCGGAGGCUUCCCGGGAGCCGGUAUCUCCCAAGGAUCCAGCCAGUGCAGGUACUGGUGCAGGAACCCGGAGAACCAAGUGUAUUGCUGCGAGACCGACCUGGAGCCCGAGGGCCCCGUCGGCACCAAGCCACUCGACUGCCCCAUCGUGCGCCCCACGUGCCCGGUCAGCGUGCGCGGCCUGCGCCCCAUCACCUGCUCCAACGACUAUAGGUGUGGCGGAGUUGACAAGUGCUGCUAUGACAGGUGCCUGCAGGAACACGUGUGCAAGCCCCCCUCCUUCUUCGGCUGAAAACUGCUCUCGGCCGGGGGUACCUUCUUGGGUGAAUGAGAGGCGGACGGGAUGAAGUUGAAGCUGUCGCCAGUAUAUAUUUAUUCCUUGAUACAUCACCAAAUCUGUAACUUACAUUUCUACGCUUUGCUCGAUUCGCGUCACUUCUCAACGUUUGAAGGAAAAUAUCACUGAAAGAAAUAUGUAUAUCAUUUCGAAAAUUACUUCAGUGAUCAAACCCAAGUAAAGAAAUAUUAUCUCAUGUAUCAUGGAGAAUGACUGGACAGUUUCACAAACAAGGGAUGAUAAUGAAUGUGUGGCUAAUAAAUGUAAGUUAAAUGUA